AUGUUUGUGGAGUUUUUUUCCUUGGAAGUGCCGGCGACCGUUCGAAUCGGACUGAGGCUUUUGUGGCGAAUCUGCGGAACAGCCAACAUCUGGUUCAGAUUUACCUAAAAUCUCAACACUUAAUAUGAUCACUAGUUAAACCGGAACACCGGCCCUAAGAUCGGGCGGCCUCCGCUCUUCUGGCGACUAGCUCCCUGGCGUCACCAGGCGCUGGCGCAAAGAACACCUCCCUGCCGGUGUGCAGAGGGAUUCCCGUGUGGCCUGGCACUGGCGGAGGGGACCCCUCUCAGUCGGUCCCUGGUCGCGUGCGGUGUCCCGGAACCCGCCUUGACCACCGCUCUGAGAGCCGGACCGCGUCCUCAGCCACCUGCAAGAGGUUUCUUCGAGAGGCAGUCCGACGGAACUCCGCCAGACCGAAAUGGCAGACCAUCCCCGCAGCCGCUGGCAUCCACCGCACUGCCGAGUCCUCGCAGCCCACCUGCCCUGCUUCGGAUACAGGAGCCAUGCAACCCCCGCCGCUGUUUCCCCCAACAUUUGCAACUGUGGCCGACAUCACGGCAAAACUCCCCAGUCUUCUCCAGUCACUUCCUCGCUCUAUCCACCGUAUCAUUGUUCACGUCGGCACCAACGACAUGGCUCACCAACAGUCUGAACUGACAAAAAAUGACUUCAGAACACUUCUCGACAUCCUUCAGUGCAGUGGUCCGCUACCAACACUGA